GUCCGUCGACCGCAGCCCCGCGCGGACUGCACCAGUGUCCACCCGCGGAGCAACAUGGACGCGCUGUCGGCGACGAGGCUGGUGCUGGUGGCCCUGGUGACGUCACUGCCGGGGUCUCUGGGGGACCGCCCCGUGCACAGGCUCCCGGGGACCGCCGUGCCUUCCCACUACAGGAUCAGCAUGGACACGCGCUUCCAAGAGGACAAUUUCACGUUCCACGGCGAGGAGUGGAUCGACUUCCAUGUGCUGGAGAUGACUAGCAACCUGACCCUCCACAGCAAAGGUCUUCACAUCGUCGAAGAUGAAGUGACGGUGUCUUCCUUGUCUCCAGGAAUGAACUACAGCGCGGGCGUCUUGGGGUCGGAGCUGUUCAACACGACUGCCGUGGAGGCGUCACGUGACCUCCUGACGGUGUCGCUGGAUGACUCGCUGAUGCCUGGCGGCACCUACCGCCUGCACCUGCGCUUUUCGGGCCGUCUGUCCUCCUCUCUCACCGGCUACUACAGGCAGUCCUACAUGGACCAGGAGGCCAACACCACCAGGUGGCUGGCCUCCACGACGUUCGAGCCCAGCGAGGCGCGGCGCGCCUUCCCCUGCUGGGACGAGCCGGGCCUGAGGGCCAGGUUCCAGGUGAGCCUGGCGCGGUCCGCCGAUCACUCGGCGCUGUCCAACAUGCCGCUGGCGAGCUCCGAGCCGAUGGAAGGGCGCCAGGGCUGGGUGUGGGACCACUUCGAGGAGUCGCCGCCCAUGCCCACCUACCUGGUGGCCUUCUACGUGGGGUCGCUGCGAGGCGGGGACCCCGCCCCGGGCCCCGGGACGCCGCUUCGGGUGUGGGCGAGGCCAGAGGUGGUCCCACGCACCGCCCUCGCCACCAGGAUGGGCGCCGACCUCCUGAGAGCGCUGGCCUCCUUGGCCGCCGUCGACAACCCUCUGCCCAAGCAGGACGUGCUCGCGCUGCCCGCCUUCGUCACCGACGCCCUCGAGAACUGGGGGCUCAUUUCCUUCCAGGAGAAGUACCUGCUACACCAACCAGGCAUCAGCUCGACCAGUAUCCAGGAGAAGUCUGCAUUCGUAAUGGCGCAUGAGCUGGCCCACAACUGGUUCGGGAACCUGGUCGGCAUAAAAUGGUGGUCGGACAUCUGGCUGAGCGAGGGCUUCGCCACAUACUACGCCGCGCUGGUGGUCGAUAGAGUGCGGCCCGAGUGGGACCAGCACACGAUGUUCGCGGGCAAGGCGCUGAUCAGGGUGCUGUCCCUGGACGCUCAGCGCAACUCCCACCCGCUCACGCUCGGCGUCACCAGGUCCGAGGAGCUGCAGAAGAUCUUCGACUCCAUCACCUACCUCAAAGGCUACUAUGUGCUGCGCAUGCUGAGCCACGCUCUGGGCGAGGGGACCUUCCAGCGGGGCACCACCAGGUACCUGAAGGUCCACAUGUUCGGCACGGCGGGCCAGGAGGACCUGUGGUCGCACCUGGACUCGCAGGCCCGCGAGGACGGCGUGGUGCUGCCCGCCAACGCCACCGUGGGUCAGAUCAUGGCGCCGUGGAGCCUCAGGGCGGGCUACCCUGUCCUCGCUGUGCUCAGGGACUACGACAACGACACGGCGACCGUCAGUCAGGAGCGGUUCCUGGACGAGGGCUCCGGCGCGCGCUCCGGCGGCGGCAAGGUGCGCCCCAGCAGCCGGCAGGGCUGGUGGGUGCCCGUCACCUCCACCACACGCGGCGCGCUGGGGUUCAACGACACCCGCCCCGUCGGCUGGCUGCGGCCCUCCGACACCCACAUCACGCUCCAGCAGCUGCCCGCCGACGAGUGGGUGCUGCUCAACGUGCGGGCCGCCGGCCUCUACCGCGUGCAGUACGACGAGCGCAACUGGCGGCUGCUGGCCAGACACCUGGACAGCGACCAGUUCCGCGACGUGCACGUGCUGAACCGCGUGCAGCUGCUCGACGACGCCCUGGAUCUGGCGCGCGCCGGCCAGCUCGCCUACCCGGUGGCCCUGGAGCUGCUGGCCUACCUGCUGCGCGAGGACCACGUGCUGCCGUGGAAGGCCGCCUUCGACAAUCUGUCCUACCUGUACCGCAUGCUGGGCGGCACCGAGACGGGCCCAGCCUUCGAGGGCUUCGUGCUGAGGCUGGUGACGGGGCGGUACGAGGAGCUGGGCUUCCGGACCAAGGCCGGCGAGUCCCCUCAGGCGCGGGAGCUGAGGAAGCAACUGCGGUGGUGGGCUUGCACUCUGGGUCACGAGGGCUGCGCGCGAUCCGCCCUCGAGCUGCUGGACUCGUGGGUCAGGGAGCCCCACCCAGACGACCGCAACCCCAUCGCCGCUGAACUGAGGGCGACGACCUACUGCACCGCGGCGGAGCGGGGCGGCCCCAGGCGCUGGCAGUUCCUGUGGGAGCGCCUCCAAGGGACCGGGUCGAGGACCGACGGCGCCAGCCUGCUGCAGGGCCUGGCCUGCUCCCGGGACCCCGCCUCGCUGCGCAGGCUGCUGGACUGGUCGCUGGACAGGAGUCCACGCAUGCGCCAGCAGGACAGCGCGGCGGUCUUCAGGGCCGUCGUGAAGACUGAGGUGGGCGCCGACGUGGGUCGGCAGUUCCUCCAGCAGCGCUUGGACGAUGUCGUGCAGGCUGUCGGGCUGAACCCUUUCUACGUCCCCACACUGCUUGAUGCGCUGUCUGCAGGGCUGAAGCAACCCGAACACAUCAAAGAACUGGAGGAGCUGGCGGGACGGCAGAGCUGGCGCUCCAACUCGGCGAGGCAGUCCGUGCGGCACGCCGUGGAGAGGGCGCGUUCCAACACGCAGUGGCUGAGCCACAACCUGCAGCCCAUCUCCAGCUGGCUCCAGGAACGCGCCCCUGGUGCUCCCUCACCCGCCCUCUAGCGCCCAGAGGAGCUGGUGGGACAUCAGAGCUGGCGCUCCAACUCGGCGAGGCAGUCCGUGCGGCACGCCGUGGAGAGGGCGCGUUCCAACACGCAGUGGCUGAGCCACAACCUGCAGCCCAUCUCCAGCUGGCUCCAGGAACGCGCCCCUGGUGCUCCCUCACCCGCCCUCUAGCGCCCAGAGGAGCUGGUGGAGCAUCAGAGCUGGCGCUCCAACUCGGCGAGGCAGUCCGUGCGGCAAGCCGUGGAGAGGGCGCGUUCUAACACGCAGUGGCUGAGCCACAACAUGCAGCCCAUAUCCAGCUGGCUUUUGGCGCGUGUGUCUCUACUGGUCCUUGGUGCUCCCUUGCCCACCCUCAAGUGAUUCAAGUAUCUGGCCCAGAGGAGGGCUCAAGAUCAAAAUGACUGCAACGGUAACUUAUCCAAAUAACGCCCUAGCUGGAUGGAGUCUCAUGCCAGCUUACCCAAUGUUUUCUGAUAGCUAAACAAAACUAGGUGUUGUGACCGUACCAGAUGUACAUGGUUCUGUUUAUAAAACUAUGGUCUAAUGUAAUGGUUUCUUUUUUAGGUUGUUGUUUUCCUGUUAACUGAAAGUCGUACACGGGGUUGUGUAUUUUCGACUUAUAAAAAUACCUUUCAUUGCUGUAAGAAUACCUAAACAAAAUUUUCAUAGAAUAUUUAUUUUUCUCGUCACGAAAAAAUAAUUUUGGACAAAGCCUGCGUUGUGUUUUUGCUUUUUACAUGUUUAAUAAAAGGAUUUUUUGUAAAUGUUGUUAUAAAAAAACCUUGUGCAUUUCGCUUAUCUUACAUAUAUUAUUAAACUGGUCUAAGGAUAAAUGUGUAUACUACUUCCAGUGACUCUGUUCCUACUCCAAGGCUACUGAAGUUUUGGCUUCUGGGACAAAAGCUGUUCAGUGUCCCUGCUGAAGAUGUUCUAGUGCUUCAGCAGCCACAGGUGGACAUUCUGAUUGCUGGGAAUGUGGCAGUCUUAACCUCUAUUUUCAUCUUGAGCGAAAUAUAACCUCCAAAUUGUUCAAGGAAUUUAAUAUUAUUUAAUGUAUAAAAAAAGUAUAUAUGCUUAUUAAUAAACAACCUUUUCUAUUGCGUCAAA